GAAUGUUAAGAAGUGCGGACAAACAUUUGCGGAAUUGCGGGGAUAUAAACGCAUAGUACCAUUUUUAUUAAUUUUUGUAAAUUUUUAGUUGAAUAAUUUUGGAAUUUAUUUGGGAGGUUUUUCUCAUUGUGCUUUGGAAUAAAUACAAGUCUAUCAAUCAAAAAAGAAGAAAAAAAUUUUUCAACUCGCCUUCUCUCCCUUCACUUUUGGCAAUAAUUGUAGUAUCAAUAAAUUCAGCUCUACGUCCAGUCAAUAAACCAAUUAUUUUUUGAAUAUUUGUAGUUGCUUGGGGUAAGAAAAUUGGACAUUUUCUUUUUAUACUUUUUUUAAAAUUAAAUUUAAAAAUUAAAAAAAAUUUUAAGUACUUCCCAGGUGUAGUAGGUAAAUGUGUAGAUGUAUACCCCCUUAUUACAUCGUUCCCAAAGGGGUCUUGACCAUAAAAACUUAAAACAAGUUGAGGCCCUUAAAAUAAAAAUGUUUGUUGUUUUGUUGGGAAAGUUUGUUUGUUUUAAUCAAAGUUGCAAAUGUUUUGUGUUUUCCGGAAAAGUUUGUUCGUAAGAAAUUAUAGAUGUUUUUAUAAAAGUUGGAAUGUUUGUGUUUGUUGAUAUGUUU